AUGCAGGAGAAGGAGGCCGUGAGGAAGAUGAAGAUGGCCCAGGAGCCCCAGGCAGACCAGGUGCUGAGGAUGGAGAGCAGGGGGGAUGAGUCAACACAGCAGAACCUCGUGGAAGAGGCUCUUUUGAGUGGCUCCACAGUGCAGGAAUCCAAUGGGGAGGAAAAGCCUCGGAGAUCCCUCACGAGGAGGGGCUGCGAACGCAGAUCACAGGGAUCUGAGGAGGAAAGACCCACCCUGGGCCAGGGAGGUGUCCGGAGCUCGGAGCUGGGGGUCCAUGAGCAGCUUCAGCGUAAGGAGAAACCCCACAAGUGCUUGCAAUGUGGGAAGAGCUUUAGCCAGAGAUCCCACCUGCUGUGCCACAUGAGAAUCCACACGGGGGAGAGGCCCUAUAUAUGUGAGGAGUGUGGGAAGAGCUUCAGCCAGAGAUUCAACUUGACUGUCCACCUGAGGAGCCACAUGAAGGAGAGGCCUUACAAGUGUGGGGAGUGUGAGAAGAGCUUCAGCCGGACAUGCCACCUGAUUGUCCACAUGAGGAGGCACACCAGGGAGAGGCCCUACCAGUGUGAUAAAUGCAGAAAGGGGUUUCAGACUAGCUCUGAUCUCCUCAGGCACCAGCGCACUCACAAAGAGGAGAGACCCUUCCUCUGCCCUGACUGUGGGAAAGGCUUCAAGCACAACUCCUCCCUUGUCAGCCACCAGCGCAUGCACACCCGGGAGAGGCCCUAUGAGUGUCCUGAGUGUGGGAAGAGAUUCACCCAGAAGUCGAACCUGAUUAUCCACAAGAGGAUCCACACUGGCGAGAGGCCCUAUGAGUGUGGGCAGUGUGGGAAGAGCUUCUGCCAGCGCUCCCACCUGAUCUACCACCUGAGGAGCCACACAGGGGAGAAGCCCUAUGAAUGUGAUCAAUGCAUGUCCCUGGAUGUGGUCCCAGAUGUCUCCCCACAGCUCAUCACCAUCCUGGACACCCUUGAGUCCCUUGCCGGGGACUGUGCAUCUCCUCUUGCAGCAGAUCCAAAGCUGGCCCAGCUUCCAGGGGACUCCAGUGGCACUGGAGCUCAGGCUGUCACACUGGGGCCACUUCAGCAGUCACUACGACCUUGCAGUCCCUCCGAGGGGUGA